AUGGCGAUGAAGCGCAAGCAUAUCGACGAAGAUCCCGACGCGACUGCCGAAAUCUUCCGCUCCGAGCCACUUGAGGACCGCCAGUCGGCCUUCGUCGGCUUGUUCUCCCCCUCUCUCAAGCCCAAAGAGCUGCAGAAGCUGGCAGAGAUCGAGAGCGCUUCGCACAAGAUACUCGGCUGGCGGAGACAGAGCAACCAACAGUCCAUCACAAAAGCGACGCAGUAUGUGACCGGCUCGGAUGACGACGGCGAGAAGUACGCGGGAAGGAAGGUGGAGAGGGUCCUCGAGUCUUCCAACGUCGUAGGCUCUUGUGUUGUUGCGCGUUGGUAUGGUGGCGUGUUGCUCGGACCUGUAAGGUUCGCCCAUAUUGAGAAUGUCGCGAAGGAGGCGAUUCGCAAAUGGCAAGACGACCAGACGGAACGGCAAGCGAGAAAGAGACGGAGAGAAGAGGACGACGCCGAGCGCACAAGGCUCUCUCAAACGCUCGUCGAGCGCGACCAGAGCAUCGCAGUCCUGAGAGCGUUGGCUGCUGAGAAGGAAAAGAAGCUCAAAGACGCUCAAACCCGUGGACAGACUGAAGAGAAGGAGAAAUCGAGCACUACUCCAGGCGAGGCAUCAAACCCAGGCGUAAAGGCGGCGGUUGAUUACACCUCCAUGGAGCUCGAUCGCCUCGUGGCGCUUGAGCGCGGCCGAGAUGCGACUUUAUCCUUCCUGCUCAAACGUAUUGACAAGGCCGAAGCAGAACUAGCUAGGCUACAAGACGCUAAUGCGGUGGAUCCGCCAUGA